AGUCAGGCCUUUUUGUUAAAGCACAAAGGGAACAGAAUCAUCCUGACCUCCACCUCUUUGCUCUGAGUGCACAUUCUUACACAUUUCUUACUUCUGCUCCUUUUUAAAUCCUUUCCUCUCAGGUUGCUUCCUCAGACUUCCAUUGUUAGAAUGACGCCUGGAGUUCUUGGCCAGAAAACCUUUGUGUUACAAACUGGCCUAAAUAGAGAGGUCAUGGGUGGUAGCUGAUAGGGAGGUGCAACUGGGUAGUGAUACAGAAAGGCUUCACCCUGUGAGCAAGAACAGCAACCUGGCACAGAUGAAUUUCAGCAGCAGAUAGGGCUGCCUGGUGUGGUGGAAUUAGGAGGCAAUAGCUACAUGCUUUAGGGGGUGGGAAGAACAGUGAUGUUAGUGGGUGAGGAGCAGAAAGAGGGUAGUUAUGUUAGGAUGUUUGAUGCUAUGGAGGAAGGGUACCCCCACAGUGGUGAGGCUGAUGAGCUAGGAAGUGAAUUUUUAGCAGAUUUGGUAGACUGAUACAAUAAGCUUCUGGUAGCUGAGAGCAGACUGUUAGGUGGCCGAGGUAGGCAGGGUUCUAACAGUGCUGCAUGGCUGGAACAGAACUGAGCUUCACGUGCAUGACCCAGCAAUAACCCUUUGGUCAGAGGGAUACAGCAGUGCACUUGCACACAGCUGCUACUCUCAGCUUAGGUUUGUAGGGCAAGCUCAGCAGGCUGAUAUAUUUGCCUGUUGCUCAGUUGUCACAUAAAUAAGGCAAAGUAAAGAAGAUAUAGUGGGAAAUGACUGCUGUGAGCACGGCCUCCUCUCCUCAAUGAACAACAGUUGACCCAGGGGAGAAAGGUGGUGGAUUUAAUUGUGUUUAGAGGAUGAGGGAUUUCCUUCCUCAUCUCAGCAGCUGUCCAGUCCCAAUUCUAAGACUUAGUGUCACUCCUACACGUCUUUUCUUAGUACCUGUGGCUGUGUAAAGAGCAGGAGCUCGCACUUGGUUAAGUGCCUGAUAUUGAUAUGAGGUUGGUGGUGCUCCAUACUAUCUUGCGUUUCACCAUAGUGCUGACAGCCCCUACAUCUGCAGCAAGAGGAUAGACCUUCUCCUCCAUUAAUCAUUACUUCCAUCCAGGGAGUUUAAGGUAGAGCUUUUAGUAAAGGAGACAGCGAGCCGAGGUUCCUGGACAUCAGGAUGACUGGGACAGUUCACGCCAUCGGUUAAAAAUACUGUUAAUGCCUGUUGUGGAACAGCUGCUGUGUUUCAUCCCAGCCACAGCAGUACCAGGUAUGGGGAAGGGAAAGGAUGCUCUGUGUUACUGGGAAAAUGCUUUUCUUGAUUGCUUCCUCAUUCAUAAAAGCUGCUGCUAGAGAUGAUGCCUCCUCUUGGUACUGGAGAGUAGGUGUGUGAGGAGGAGGAGAGGCUGAGCUGCUUCUGCAUCAUGCUCCAAAAGCAGAGCCUGAGCUUGCCAAUAGCAACCUUAUGGAUUUAACCUCCCUUUGUGCUUUUUUUGUUGUUUAAUUUCAACUUUAAAACUACUGGCACCUUGUAAAUUGUUGCCUCACCCCUUGAUGUGCAGGGAUCCGUGUGCUGACCUUCAAGGUAAUGUCUCUGCAGGCAGAGAAAGUGCAAGUCAAGCCCCCACCAGUGUUCACCUGGCCAGCCAAUGGCUGCUGCAGCAGUGACUUCCAGAGCAGUGGUGGUGUCCUCAGGGGCUUUUUGAAGGACUCCUCUCCACUGCAGGAUCUGAUGGGCUCUCAGCACUGGGGAAGGAGCCUGCUGAGAUGAGUGGGCAGCAGUGACACAGCUUCAUGGCUUCCUAGCUCUGCUAUCCCCCUCCUGUAUUCUAUGGGAAGAGUGGCUCCCCAGAUACAAGGUGGCAGAGCCAAUCCCACCAUGAGAAAUAAACCCUGGGUGUCCUGAGCAGAGGCACUAAGGAAAAGUUUCCUCUUUCUGAGCCUGCAGGGAUUUAGAUGGGUCAUCAACAAGGUUGCAGCACAACCAAGUUGUGAUCUUGCUGUAACUCUGUAGCACAAAACCUGCUAUGUAACCGAAAGAGAGAAAGCAUCUCAUCCUACCAAAGAGCAGCUGUGUGGAGGCACCGGUUUGGUAGCAUGGGCUGCUGCAGUAGAAAUGCUGGUUUCUGAGAUGUGGCUGUGCUGGACCAUCACUGAUCCUAAAAGAAUAAAUUCCAUGCUAUUCUCCUAAAUCCCAGUGUACAGGACUACAUCCUCUUCCUGCCAUUUUUAUUCCACAAGACAACACGCAUCCAAUGCUACGGACAUAGCCACCAUCUUUCUGUAUUUUAGCAGUAGGUAGAGCAGUGCUCAGCUAGGAGAGCUGGAGGGGAUGAAACAUGAGUUUUAAAUAUAGAUCUCUCGCCAAAAUAGCAGCUUGCAUUCCCUUACUAGAGAUCUAAGGUGCAAGCAGUUCUCUGUGCACGCGUUGCAACUCCAAACAGCACGGGCUGCAUGCACACACACACACACAGGACAGUGAAAAGCAGGAACUAGUUAAUAAGUGAUGAGUUUUUUUUUGCUGUGAACAGGUGCUGUCAAGUAGGCAACUGCUCUGUAAGUCCAGAUGGACCCCCAAGGUCCUUGAAGGGCGCAUGUGAGUGCCGGCCCGAAUUCCAGGCAGCUACCUGACUUUGUGUGAAGGACCAACCACACACAUUAGGCCUUGCCUAGCUGGAAGAGCUGCACAGAUGGGAUGAGAGCUGGGGCUCUGCAGGCUACAUAACCCUCUAGCCUAGCAGCCAUGGGUCCCUGUCCUGCUCUCUGAUAGAGCAGCAGACCCAGCACAGGGCUGGGGUUGCAGGGUAGGGAGCCCUAGAUGGAUUGGGAGUAUCUCCAAAGAGAGCCUGCUAGGGAGGGCAUCAGGAGUACCUGAAAGGCAGCCUGCAGGGAGAGAUAGGACAAGUCACUCAGGGUUUGCUGAGGAGAGGAGCUGGCAGCAGAACAGUGAGCACAGGCUGGGUUUCUCCAGCUGCAUGUGUAAUCCCACGAGGGCCAUCCCCAGCAUGUGUCAGGGACAUCCCCAGGACUCCUGGCAUUGCUGCAGGCCUGUGUUUUGAACAGUUCAUCGAGCCAACAGGAAGAGCCAAGUUGGAUGUGACCCACGACUGUCCAGCUACCUCGGGGCCAGCAGAAGCUGAGGACCACUGUCACACUCAAUAGCAAGAUGGGUCACUACUUAUAAACCACCACAGUGACAUCCCUUCCUAACAGCAGCUGAGGAGGAAGGAAAAAAUAGUGGAAACAAAGGGAGGAAAGCCUGUGGGGAGCAUCAUGCUGCCUGCCAUGAACAGCCCCUGGCCCAAAGCACCUCUCCAACCCUGGCCCUGGUGGCCAAGUCCCAGGUUCAUGGCAGGGCACGAGCCAGAGCAGCACAGGUGUUUCAUGGGGGGAUCCCUGAGCUCACCUGUGCUGCCUGCCCUUCACAGCUGGCCAGCUCGCUUUGUGAGGAUGACCGUGCUUUGCAGUCAGCUCUGGUGAUUCAAUUACAGCCGGUGUUUCUGCACCACUUGCUGAGAGCAGCAAUUGAUGGGCUGCAAUCCGAGCUCCUCUGGAAAGCAUUGGGAAAACCCAGAAGGUAAGCACAGCUACAAUUGGGCUGCUGCUGCCCACCACAUGUAAUGUCUCCCCUGAGAUUGCAGAGGGGCCGCAGGGAGGCCUGUCCUGUUGUGUUGGGGCAGGCUGAGUGCAGCUCUGCACUGCACCCUGUGCCCUCAUAGCUCUUGCAGUCCCUCCUGCAGGAGUGCUCCAGAGUAAGCUGUGAAGUCCCAUCACUUGCAGGCAUUCAGGGCUCCUGUGGGGGCUGUCAUUCUCGAGGCCCUGCUUCCAUUUCAGCCCCAAGUCCCCCCCCCAUGCUCUCAGCUGACCACGACAUUCCUGAGGCUGCACAGACAUGGGGUUGCUAUUGUAGUCCUUAACACAGGUCCUGGUAUCUCCAUCUCCCUCUGAUCUUCACCCAGCCUUCCCUCACACACUGCCCCAUUCCUUUACACCAGAGGUUGCGUGGGUUACAGCUCCAGGAACAGGAAGAUAAAUCAGAAGCUACGUAGACCUUCUUUUCACAUGGUGAGGAAUUAUUUACACUCGGGUUGGGAUUUGCUGCUCUACUAAUUUUGUUGUCUCCUCACUUGUCCCACAUUGCAGCCGCCGUUCCCUGCCCGCUCCCUUCCCUCACUGCCCCCACUUUCACGCUGCUUCCCCCAGCCCACUUUGGCCCAAGGAAGGUGAGUCCUCACCUCAAAUAUCACUGAGUUUAACAGAGAAAGAGGAAAGGAGAUGCAAAACCACCUGACCUUUAAAACAGCCACGUUCUCACAUUUCCUCCCCGCCUCAAAGCAGCUCUUUGCUCUGCUGUAACCUUCUCUUCCCCGUCCCAGCAUUUAUUUAUAAGUGCAAUCAAUAAUUAAGGAGCUGCCUGCCUUCCUCAGCUGCAGUGUUGACAGAGGCACUGCUGAUGCUUCCUGGCUCAUCCUGGCUGCUCUGCUCACUCAGGCUUUUAAUUCUCUCUACUGCCCAGCUGGAAACACAGCGGCAGCCCACCCAGAGAUGGCAACAGCAAGACCAGCCCUGCCACGCUGAGCACUCCCUGUCUGCAAAGAGAAUCCAGGCGGAUUUCCCUGCAGAGAGGACAAGAGGGCACGAAGAGGGGGCUGGGACUCUGCCACCCAUCACUGUAGGGAGGGCGAUGGCAGCUGGCAGCUCCUCAGCCCUUGGCACCAGGCCAUGCAGCCCCGGCAGGGAUGAGGUGCAAAGGGGGGAAGAGGGCACCGAAGGACAGCAUCAGCUCAGCAGCUCUCAGCAGUGAGCUCCCAGGCUGUCCUACCCCAUCAGCAUCCUCCUGCCGCAGCGACCGCGCUGACAUUGUCCUCAUUGUGUUGGGCUUUGUUUUCCCACAAGGAAAGUGGGCACUGCCCUCAGCUGGAGCAGCCCCUGGGUCUCUGAGCUGCUGUCUAGCAGCCAUGUGAGGGAAAGGUGCUGUGCUGCUUUGCUUGAACUUCCCAGGUGCUCACAGUGUAAAACCACCUGGGCUGGCAGACUUGAUUCCCCCCCCCUGCUCCAUGUCCCUGCACAGCACCUAACCCUGUUGCAAAUAUUUCACAUUGAUCAAAGCACAGCACAACAGGGAGAGGCUGGAAUUAGGGCAAGAGAGGGAAUGAUAUGCAUCCACAAGCUGAAAUGCACAUCAUGGACUCCCAAAGCAACUCAAGUGACCAUGCAAAGUGAAGGAAGUAUCUCCAUGGGGCUCUGGAAAACAGCCUCCCACCAGCUCUCAUCCCCAGCAAGGGAAGGGAAAAGCUUCACACCUGCUCUGAAUGCUGUAAAGGCUGCAAGAAACACAGCCAAGAAUAGAAGGUUCACCAGAUCCUGUCCCUCCUCCGCAUGGAAAUCCCACCAGCAGCCACAGGGCUGUGGCACCAUCCCAUCACACAGGAACAGGAAGGAAGGCUGGCAAAAGUGUUCAGUGAUCCCAGUGACCUUCCUUACAGCCCAACCUGCUGCAGUGAGCCCUAAUUCUGAGCAUGAUCCCUUAGCACUACCAACAGGCUUGUCUUCCCCAUUCCCACCAAGGAGCUGAGCGGCAGCGAGGGGACUUGUGCUGCAUGGAGCAGAGCUGAGAGUCCUGCUGCAACACAGAAGUGACAGUGGGAGACCCCAGAGCUAACAGAAAGGCCCUGGUGCCGUGAUGAUGGCAUUUCCUGAGUAUCAAGAGCCAGCAGAAGGUGUCAAAGUCCCUUGAAGAGAGAAGGAACUGCUCAAGGGGCGGCCAGUGCUCAGCCAGCAGCAAGUGUGGCCGCAUCCUCAGUUUUAUCCAUUAAUUAUAACUGCUUUGGAGCUGGGAACAAGGAGAGCUGUAGACCAGCUCCUCUCUUCUCUAGCAUCCCCCACCUCAAUCCCACACAGCUGGGGCUGAAGCCUAGGGAAGCAAGGGAAAGCACAACAGCCUGAAGUCUGCAUCCACUGCUAGAGUUGCACUGGUUCUUCAUCGUGGUUUUUUUCUGUAGCUUAAAGGAUAGAGAGGAAGGGAGGGGGGCCUGGCACAGCUCCUGCUGGAGUUAGUUUGCCAUCUGGCAUUUGGAUGAGAUGCAAGGGGCUGAGUGGGAGUCAGCAGAGAGGCCUGAAUCUUCUGGCCUGAUGCUGGAGAGGUGUCAGUGAGAGGAAAGGAGUGGGUGCUCCAGCAGCAAGGAGAGGGGCUGUAGACAGGAGCUGCUGGGUCCCUGGGCACAGCUCCUACCAGCCUGGAGGCUUUCAAGAUUCUGUCAAGAAAGCAUAUGAUCUGAAAAACGCAUUUGAAACAUGAGAAGAGCCAAUUAAACUAUCCAGCCUAGGGAGUUCCAGCAGUAGCAAAUGCAUCCACCCUGCUGUGAGCAGCAAGCAUCCUAGAAGGAAGGGGUUCCCCAUGGUGGAGUGCUGCCAGCUGCUGAGUCUCCCACCUGCCGGCAUUCUCAGGCUCUUUAGUAGGACCAUUCCCCUCACCUCCUGCUUGGUUCCUGUGUCGCAGUGGAAAGGUCAAGGUAAAAUGAGCUUCACAGCUCCUGCUGCUCUCAGCAGCCAGGGGUGAGCCUACAGGAUGUGUUAGGAGCUAAGCACCGCUCCCCACCGUGCACUGCAGGCAGCAGCUGGGCUGGCUCUUGUGAGCAGGGCAGGGGGCUGGAAGGUGGGAGGUGGAACCAAAUCCAAGCUAAUUAAGGGUAAUUACUGCUCUUCCCAGGAAGCAGUAGGAGACAGAAUCCACAAUCAGCCCCUCUAUUAAUAGCUGUCAGCAGCUGCACAGUUCUGCUGGGACCCAGGGAGAGCAGAAAGCUUUGGAGGAGAAGUAGCACAUGUGCAUACAGUGCUCCCCAUCCCAUCAGUGCUCCCCAUUCCUUCAGUGCUGGAUUCACAGGGAGUUAUUUCCUCUCCUGUUCCUUUCACCACUUCCUCUAGAACCACAAGAGAUGUUGACAGCUUUUUAGCAGCACUUUCCAUCAGGAACCAACAGGAGGAAGGCCUGGAGACUGGGCUUUGGGUCUUGUCUCCACUCAUCAGCAUCUUCAUUUUGUCCAGCCCCCAUCAGUCUAGCAACUUUCUGUGCUUCUCUGAGCUUCCCACUGAAGCAGCACAAGCCACUUUGCAAGGAGAGACCCUGGAAGCAAGGACAAACUUCACCAGCUCCUGCCAAGGCAAAUCCUUUUUAUGCCAGGCACACACUGAGCAGCAAAUCCACCUCUCACAAUCUCCAACCAUACCCCAGGGGUGUGCAUGACACAACAAAGCAUGCCCAACAGAUUGGGGUGCCCCACUGCAAAAGCCACCCCAUAUGGCCUAAAGAACAUGGAUAAAAUUGUGUCCUAAACUGCAGUGAAUUCUGGCCAUUGUGAUGUGACAUGAGGACAAAAGGGGCUGCAGGAGGUGCCUUAACAGGGCUGGCUGGGAGGAUUCGUGCAUGGAUUUUUUCCCCUUCCACUGCUGCUACCUCCAGAUGCCACUACACUCACACAGCCUGCCGCAUGCUGCAGGCAAGAGCCUUGCCAGAUGCGUUGUGCAGUCCCUGAGGAGGCAGCUGGUGCUCGUGUUGUCCCAUCGGGGAGAAACCCAGCAGCCCAUUAGAAGUGAGAAAAGCUGCUGAGCUGCAGGAGAGAAAGCACCUGGGCAGCCCAGCCACCUCCUCUGCUCGGGCAUGCAACCACACACACUGCCCCGUGGGAUUCUCCCUUCUCAGAGUGGUGUGGUGCUGUAUUUGUCCUAUGAUGCUCAACUACCAGCAAGUCCUUACAAAGACACGAAGAAAUCAGAGUGGGAGAAGCCAGGAUAACACAUUUCUAGUCUCAUGCCUGUGACACCAAAUGGGUUGUCACCAUCCAGCCAUCAGCCACAACAGUAUCCCAGCUGCAGAUGCCCCGUGGGAUGUGUCCCCCCACCAGUGCACUGGCUCCACUUCUAGUUUGUUAUUGUGGUAUUCACUACUAACAAAGUGAAGCUGUUCUCCAGCUCAUUUGAGGAGCAGCAGUGACUCUGACUGCACACCCUGCUGGAACACAUGCAUGGAAAUAAAUGUUCAGGUAGUCAUCAAAGGAAGAGUUAAUGCAGACGUUUUUAAGGUGCUGCUCCUUGUUUUCAAUGAUUCGAGACCUGAAUGCAUCCCGUUCCACAGCUGACUGCAGUAUGUGGCCAUACUGUCCCUGGGAUCCCAUGGCUCUGGGCAGACAUGGCUGGACCCCACUGGACCCCAAAUCCUUCAUAGCACAGCAUCAGUAUCUCAUUACCAUGAGCUGGGCUGAAGGCUUUGCCAUUGCAGGCUGCUCUAAGUCUCUGCUCAGUGCAAGAGAGAACACUUAUGGCUGUGUAUUGUCCUCAGUCUCACUUUUUCAAGCUCUAGGAAGCCCUGAAGAUGUUUAAACACCAGCGUGGCCCACAGGCUGCCUCUCUUGUGCCCAGAGCUGGGGGACAGCAGUGUCACCCGCCUACACAAGGAAGCACAUUGCUGCUGAGGUCUGGCUUCACACCGCUCAAAGUCACGCUGCACGCCUCAGGAUCUUGAUGCUUUUUUAGGUCUAAAUGCGUGUUGUUUCGCUGUGAAGUCUUCGGGGUAAUCUCAGGUCACAUUCAUCACAUCGGCACAAUCAGGAGGUGUAUUUUAAACGAAAGGCAGCGCAGCUUCCCCAAAACGCCAGCUAUCUCGGGACUAGCGAGACUAUCAUGAGAGCUGGCACCAGCGUUGUGUGCACCCCCACAGGGCACGCAGCAGCUGACAUAGUGCUGUGUCCACUGCCCAGCCCGUCGGCGCUAUGAAUGUCACCUUUCAGCCAGAAAAUCUGUGGGCAAAUACCGAAAUGCUUCCAUCUGAGAAAGGGGAAAAAUGCGACGUGAGCUUUCAUCCCUCGGUUGACUCCAUAUAUUGCGCUAUGCGUGCAGUCCCUACGUGUGCUGCCGACGAUGCAGCUCUGCCUGCUCCCCUCCGCUGCUCAACACGCUGUUGCCGGGUUGUGGCACGGCCAGCCCCGCCGCCACCGCGUCCCCGGAGACCGGCGGCCGCCCCGGCAACGGCCGCGUCCCCGACGGUAGCCUGGCUGGAAAGUGCAGUGGUGUUUUCCUGAUCCCGAGCCAUUUUCUUGUACCUGAAGAAGGUACCUGCUGAAGGAGAAACGGGCCCUGAGCAGGAGGCAGCAGGCAGAAGGUGGCAGGGACAGAGCCGUCCCCUCAGUGCAUCCCUCCCAAAGCAGGCUCAUGGCUGACUCGCACUCCGUGCACCGCAUCAUCGAGGAUCCUGAGUGGUGCCUCAUCACUGUCCCCCCACUCAGCGAGCUCUGCCUGCAGCACAUCGUCCAGAAUUUCACAAACAACCCUAUUUUAUAUCUCCUUCCACCUGAGGACCAAAAGAAGGUGCUGGCCAGGCUUCCCACAGGCCUUCCGCUCACUGUCACUGCCAACCUGAUACGUGAUGAGGAUUACUGGAAGAGAUGCUGCACCGAGCGCUGGCAAGUGUGUGACAUCUCCAGCCACGGAGGCAGCUGGAAGCGGAUGUUCUUUGAAUGUCACCUGGAGAACAUCCUGAAAUGCUUUGUCCCCAACACCACAGACCCCAAGCAGGUCCUGGAGCUCAUCCCUCUCUGCAAAGACUACGUGCGGAAACUGGUGGUUGAUCAGUUCCUGCCACCAGUGAAGACGGAUGAAGAGGAGGAGAUGGAUGACAUUUCUGAUUCGGAGAGUGAUUUGGGGUUUGACGAGGUCUGCAUUCAUCACUAUGACCUGGGAAGACUCGUUCCUGCUCUCCCUCUCCUUGAAGAGCUUCAUCUUACUUACGGCGUGAAGGACUGUGGCAUGAACUUUGAGUGGAACCUCUUUAAGUUCACCUACCAGGACUGUUGCAACCUGGCUGCUGCCGUGAAGAUUUGUAAGAACCUGAAGGUUUUCAAGCUGACACGCAGCAAUGUGGAUGAUGACAAGACCAAGCUGCUGGUCCGCAAUUUGUUGGAUCACCCCUCCUUGCUGGAGCUGGACUUAUCCCACAACCUCAUCGGAGACAAGGGGGCACAAGCUGUCAGCAAGCUGAUCAACCGCACCAAGUUAGAGGUCCUCAAUCUAUGGAACAACCAGAUCUGUGAUGAGGGUGCCCAGGCUCUGGCCGAAGCGCUGGCAAUGAGCUGCACCCUGACCUCCUUGAAUCUGCGCCUCAACCACGUGGAGGACAAGGGCGGGGAGGCAAUGGGCCGCGCUCUGCUGACCAACAGCAGCCUGAAGUCCCUCCACAUGGGAGGCAACAAGAUUUCAAAGCAGACAGCUGUGCUUUUCUGCCAGGUCCUCACUCAGAACUCCACCCUGACUUGUAUCAACUUCUCAUGCAACCCCAUUGGGACGGAUGGUGGGAAGAAGCUGCUCGAAGGGCUCGGGCAUAACCAGACUAUGACCGAGUUUGACCUCCGCCUGACAGAGGUGGGUGAGGAGUGCGAGUACCUCAUCAACCAGAUUCUGUGGUCCAACAGGGAUGCUGCCUUUCCACGCCCUGUGCUGGAGCAGCCUGCUGAGCCUCUAUGACCGGACAGCUGCAGCAAAAAAGAAGUUGAAGGAUGCUCUUGGCUCCUUUUGCUGCGUGCAGCCAAGACUAUCGGCACCAUUUAACCACCAUCCAAGCAUGCUCCUGAGCUGUGUUCCUCCUGUGAACUGCUUGGACACCACAAGAGACCAGCAGCCUAUUACCACCAGCGUGCGAGGCUUCAAACCAUGGAUGAAUUGUUAACAAUUAAAGCCCCAGCAGCUGAUUGUACCAGCAGUUUCUCCAAGUGUGAUGCUGCCAUUGCCCAGUCAGUCGUCACCUUCAGGCUGGGUUACAGGUGUGAGCAGCAGCAGCUGCAGGCACCCAUGCAGGAUGGGAGCAUCCCCCUGCCCAUGUGGCAUGUGUGGUUCUGUGCCAGACUGACGGGGGGAGGGGAGGACGAGGCAGGGGAAUGAUGGAGGUGCCGGGGGCUGGCUGGCAGUAAUGGCAGAUGGCGAGCCGUGCUUUGUGCAGGCAGAGCGAGGAGCCGGUGGCGGCUUCCUGAGCCUCUUGGCUUCCGCUCACAGCAACGGAGGCACCGGUUUGCAAGGUGUCGUGCUGGCAUAUGUUGCCAACAGGAUGGCAGGCUGCUUUCAGGCAUCAGCUGGGGAUGGAGGAGCAGGAGGACGCGUGGGGAUUGGUGCUGCACUCAGCAUCCCUUUGCUUCAGCAGGGCUGGAUUUGUCCCUGUUGAACUCCAUCCCUGCCUGCCGCCUACCUGCUGGCCAUAAGCACAGCCGGCCACGGUGUUGCUGAGUGGUAUUUAGCCACAGGGGAGGGAGAAGGGGGCUGUGUGUGGCCUAUGGAAUGGCGUAGUAGAGUCGGCUGUGUCUCGUGACAUAGGGGACAUAGCCCAGUACCUCUUCUGGUGGCACUGGAGAGGGCUGAGGCGUGAGCUGGUGAGUCUGGGCAGAUGGAAGCAGCACAGAGCCAGGCCUCACAUCAGCCUCCCUGGGCAGAGGGGACAGCUGAGAUGUGAAGCAUUUCCUCCCUGCAAGCUGUGCCCAAAAUAGCCAGCCCUGUCAGAUCCCCAUCCCUGGCCAUGAUGGAUUAGCCUCUCCCAGGCACAAGGCAAUUUAUUCAUUAGUGACAUUUACACCUUGUGGCUGCAUUAUCCAUUGCGGUUUGGUGACACGUGCUCUGGCUGUCAGUGCUGGGCCUGGAGGCAGCAGUGUUGCUCUGACGAUGCAGCAAAGCCCUGCCUGGGCACCUCAGCUGGGAAAGGCCUCCUCCAUCCAGUGUAUCUUCAUGCAGGAAGGGCCUGCCCUGAAAGUCCGCUUUGCCCCAGCUCUUCUUCAUCCUUGACCCAAAACACAGCUGCUGCACUAUAGCAGCCUCUCACCCUGCUUUGCUUCACGUCUCCCACAGAAAUCCCCACAUCUGCAAAGCCUCUGACAGCUGCUCUCAGCCAACCUGUGGGCACAGGGCACGCAAGUGGUGCUGAGCAAGCGGUGCUCACAUUCAGACUGGUGGGUUACCCCAUCAAUACACUUGAGGUCACUACGAGUUCAGUGACAUUUCCCAGGAGAGGACUGGAAUGGUGUGAGCUCAUGUCCCAGAAGCAGCUGAUGGAAGAGGGGUGAUUUGGGAGCUCAAAGGAAUACUAAUGUUUGCAUUGGAUUGGAGGAGGGUGAGAAGAGCUGGAGAGCAUUGGCCAGGGAGCAGAUCCAACGGCUCUCUCCUCUCAGCCGGCCAGCAAGGGAUUAGCUUCAUCUCAAACACAGCUUAUUCCAUGCUUUUAUCCCUGCUCUCUGCCAGUCACUGCAGCAAAUGUGACACUUUGCACCAUCUUCCUGCAAAAACCAGGUCAGGAGUUUCCUCUCACAGAUCACUGAGCAAUGCCCUGCCAUGCUGCAACCCACUUGCUACAGAACGAAGGGGACGUACCAGACCAAAGCCACCAACACAUCCAGACUUACCCUUGGAGGUGCACCCAAACAACAGGCAACUACUUCUCCUUGUGCUGACGUGUGCUUUCAACAGACGCCCUCUCUGCGUGUGCUCUGGAGAUGUGCACUGACUUAGGAGUGGGUCUUCCAAAGCUUUUCACCCUGUCAGGUUCAUGGGCUGCCACCCAAAGUCUGAAUUCAUGGCAUGCUGGCUGACAGCGCUGCUAAUGGAUAUUUGGAUGGUGGGACCGAUACAAAAUACUAAGUCAUCUCAACACAUUCUAGCUAGGCAUUUUUUCUUUCACUAAUGUAAGUAGCUAAGAUCGCAGAAGCAGCUUGCAUUGAUGGAGAGUGAAAGAACCUCGUGUCUGUGUGUGAAGUUACUUUGCUCUAUGAAGUCCACUACAUUAUAACCACAGCAGGCAAUGCAUCCACUCCCAAAGUCUGCAGGAUUGGAGAGGCUUCAGGAUGGGCACUGAUAUCUCACAAGCUUCAUUUCCCUGGAAGGCUGAGGUUUACAAAAAGCAACCAAACAAAAGGCCCCAACAAAAACAGUCUCCACUGGAAAGAGGGGAGGAAUAAAAGCCAGUUAGCUUUCCAGCAGCAGCUGUGCCAUGCUGCAUACUGUCACUGGCUCCUCGAUACUCGGCAUUUCCUGGACGUGUUGCAUAGGUUGAUGAUGGAUCUGAUAGUAGAGCCUGGCUGUGGGCUGCAGGAAGAGGAGAUUGCUGAACUCCACAGGAAAACUGUCCUUCCCCAGGUGAGACAGAUGGUGUGAGGAGGGAAGGAAAAAGGGGAGGCCAUGAGUCUUGCAGAUUCAAUUCUGUCCUUGGAACUUGGUUUCCCAUUGCAUGUAGAAAGGCUGCAGUCCUGUGGGAGAAGGCUCCUCUCCCAGCACAGCAAAGGUCAAUUUGCUCAUUAGCUGGCUUCUGAGGGAGUAAACAAGAUCACAACCAUGAGUGUAAUGUUUCCCUUCAUGGAGCAGCUGUGAUGGAGGCAGCAAAGCGGAACAAUUCAACCCAUUGCUUGAAAAGACAGUAGAAAUUCAACAUUCAUUCAUGUUGGCCAAGUCCCAGUGUGAGCUCUACACAUCGAAGCAACACCGCAACAGAUCAGUUUGUCUGGAUUCAAGGACAGAUCACUCUGAAGAGUUGCUAAGCCACGCUCACUCUGGCAUAGCACCACAGGCUUCAAGAAAGUUACACUAGGAAUGAAUGCAGCCUAUUUAUGUCUAUCAGAAAUGUGACUUAACACCUUUCUCAUUCUUCCAGAAUUCCCACAGAAACAUGAACCUAAGUGGGCUCAACCCGAAGUCUCUAAUAUGCUCCCAGGCCCUAUAAUACAGCCUUCUAUCCCCAGGUACAUCUGGCUUAAUGGAAAUUAUAGGCUCACAUGCAAUGCAGGAGGCAGUGUUACCAAACAGAGCUAACAAACCAUAACACAUUUCUGGGACGAUACAGAUCCAGAUCGUUCUCAUAGAGACCCAUCUUCAUAUUCACACAGACCUCAUUGUAACCACUGACCAUACAUGAAACGUGAUUAGAAG